GAUUAAUGUUAUAAUUUGGGUGUAUAUUUUAAUAUAUAUAUUUAUUAAGUUAAAAUGGAAACUGCAGAAACUGCUCGUGAAAUUUUAGAUGUUGAUCUUGUCUCAGCUUCACAUUUACAGACUCUUCUGCCUGCGGAUUUACUAAGCCAGCAUAUUGUUCACGGUAAUAUUCAAGACAUCAUAAAUUCACAAUCUCAAGACUACGAUGGGCAUACGAGACUAGAUGGCCAAUAUUUAUCAGACCCAUACGAGGCCCAAGAUUUACUCUCAAACACCGAAUUAACCGAAGAAGAAAGUAAAUUGGCUGCUGCUUUUGUUGCUGUACAACUAGUACAUCAACAUAAACAACAAUGUAUACAAGAAGGAGUAAUUGUUAAUGCUAAGAAUGAUGUUGUGACUUCAUUAUCUCAUUUGACGAAUUCUGGACAUUCUUCUGUGAUAGAAAAUUUAAACAAUGGCCAUAGUUUGACGACUGAUGAAAUUCCAACUGAUUAUGUUCCGCAGGAAUUGAUGGAAAAUGAUUUGACUGAUGCGGGUGUAAAGUUGUUUAAUUCUAUUACUAAUGGUCGUCUCCCCCCUCUAAAAAAGUUUCCCCAAAACAAACGCAGCUACCCCCUAACAAGAUUCAACAUAAUAAACAACCACGAAUUGAACGAUUCGCACAUAAUAUCAAAUAUUAUCUCCAAUGGAACCCAAAACAUCAACUUGCAGAACAACAUACAAUCCUUAAGACCAACAUUCAUCAACGACAUCAACACCAACACCAUAGACCUAGGAAAUAAAUUAUUGUUGCAUAACAAUUCAGUCGAUUUGACUUUACAAAAUAAUGGAAUUGGUGCUGGUCUUCUGGAUAGGAAUAUAAAUGAUAGUAAUAUUAUUACAUCGACUGCUAAUAAUAUUGUGGGUAAUGGUCAUGUCCAUAUUGUCAAUGGAAAUAAUGUGCUGAAUGGGGGUGCUGUGAAAUCUAUGAAGACGAAUGGUGGUUUGAGGAUUUCGGGGAACACCAUUAUUACUAAUAUUAAUGGCACGAUUGUCAAGGAGGAACUAGAUUUUGAUGCCAAAAACAUAAAGUGUGACGAAGAGGACGUCAACGUCCUAAACGAUCACCUCACAGCUUUGGGGAAUUCCCGAUACGCAGUGUCGGACUCCGAUUGCUCGGACGUUCCCACAAAACGUACUAGGACAUCCCAUAACAAUCAGCAGAAUUUUGGAGCACCUGCCAGUACUAAUGCUGCAAGUUCCAGCAGAAGUCUUCCACACAAAAAACGGAUAUCUAAACGUCUGAAAUCUAACAUUAAGCCUAAAGCAAACUCUAAUGCCAAAUCACAAAAUGUUACCUUCGGGAGUAAUGGAACUAGCAAUAAUUCCAGUGAGGGUAGUACGAGGGCUGGGAGGAAACCUGCUGGUAAUUCGAAGAAUUCCAGCAAUGCCUUUUCGUGCCAGUUGUGUGGUAGUAGAUUCGAAAUACAAAUGGAAUUUUACAAACACUUGAAACUGCAUUACGAACCUCCUGAGGAAGAACAACAACAGAACCAAACCCAUUACAUACAACUAAACAACAUAGUAAACAACGAACAACUGGAUUCGCCCCUGCUCAGGGCACACCUUACCGAGCCUCAUACAAUUUUACCAAAUUUGGACGACGAUUCACUUUCUUCUGGUGUCCAAAAUUCAAAUGAAAUCCAAACUCAUAACGAGAACACCAUUAUGCAAAAUCAACAUAAUAUCAAUUUGGACUCUUUGCCCAAUUUGGUCAUAAGCAAUAUGUCUGGAUUGAGGUGUAAAUUCUGUCCGUUGAUAUUUAAAAGGAGUUCGGCGUUGGAGGGACAUAUAAGGGAUGCACAUUUUAAGGAUGAUAUUCAAGAUGAGUUUAGCGAACCUGAAGACUUGAUGGAAGGCAUCAGGAGUGUGGUUGAAGCCAACGGCCAAUGUUUCGACGACGACGUUGAAGACAUAAAGAUCACCUUGAUGGAAGCUGAUAAAAAUCAACGUGACUGGUAUCAAGCUGACGAACUGCACGCAACAGAAGUCGACCUCCAAGAAAUCGAAGCCGAACAAAACAACCAGCGCCAGAACCAACAAAACCACCAUCCCCAUCCCCAUCCCCAUAAUCAGCAGCAAGACACCACCAGCAACCAUCACGAGCAGGCUAUUGCAGAUACAAGUUUUUGUGAGAACAGCAGCGAGUUUGAAAUUAGGGAAAUUGAGGAGGACGACGAGCAGGAAUUCGAGGAGCAGCAGGUCACCAGCAGCAGUCGAAGGAGGAAGAAGCCUGAUAACAAUGAUAGGAAGUGCUCCUUUGUUUGUCCACUUUGUGCAGACUCUUUCGAUUCGAGGGAGCAGUAUAAUGAACACGAGGCUGAGUGCCAAUUGCUGUUAUGUGACAGUGAUUCCGAAUUAUCCGACAAAAAGGGCUUGGAAAAAUUCAUGGGGCCAAAAUUGAAUUGUCUUCAGUGCGAUCGACAAUUUAAUCACAGGAACAGUCUUAUGUAUCAUAUUCAAUCACACAGUGAAAAAAGGCCAUACCAGUGCGAAAUUUGCGGAAAUAGUUUCUUUGCCACCAGUGCCUUGAAGGUUCAUAUGCGCCGUCACUCCGGCGACAAACCAUACCAGUGCCGGAUUUGUCUAAGGCAUUUCAGGCAAUGGAGCGAUUUAAAAUACCACAUGGUCUCCAUCCACUCCGACAUCAGGCAAUACCAGUGCGAAUUUUGCGGAAAAGAUUUUGCCAGAAAAUAUUCCCUGAUUUUACAUCGGAGAAUACACACCGGCGAGAAGAACUACAAGUGCGAAUUCUGCAACAAGACUUUUAGGGCCAGUUCUUAUUUGCAGAACCAUCGGAGGAUACACACAGGUGAAAAGCCUUACCCUUGUGAAAUUUGUGGAAAGCCCUUCCGUGUCCGAGGUGAUAUGAAAAGGCACAUGUCGACACAUACCAGAGAAAGAUCUGCGAAUGGUAAUUGUAAUGGACAGACUUCCAAAACUGUAACCAAAAAAGAAGAUUUGAAGAUCGAGAAUAAAGAGACCAAUGGGGAUGCUGCACAGGAUUCUAAAAUCGAUCUGAAUACAAAUGGGUUGUCCACCAAAUCAUCAGAAUCCAGUACUAAUAAUAAGAUGCAGCAGCAGUUCACGAUGGAUGACAGUGAUAGUUCGGGUUCUAAAUUGCAUAAUAUGAAAAUGGAGAUUAUUGAUAGUACUAAUACGAAGUAUAUAGAUGCCAAUCAGUUACAGGACCAAUCCUUGGAAUCAACAUUGACCAACGAACGACUCUGCUCACCAUCCUUGGAAAUCGAUCUCAAAUCAGCACAAAACAACAAAGGCUGUUCCUUAGAAUUACAAGUACAAGUCAGUGCAAAUUCAGAUCCCCAACUACAUUCCACAUCGAAUACAAAUUGUGACCAGACAUCUUUAGGUAGAUUCACAAAGAAUUUGGAUUCAUCAACGACACCAGGAGUUAGUACGGGAGCUGGUGGUGCUACAACAGGAGGUGAUUCUAGUACUGUUUAUUUGUGGCCAGUUUAUAUGACGUAAUAGUAAUAGAUAGUUGGAGACUAAGUUAAUAAAGCAAAAUCUUUUAUUCUUCGGAAAAACUGGGAAAUUUCUCAUU